AUGGCGAGUGCACAGGAAGCGGAACAGAUCAUACUUGAGCUGAAUGGAGGUUACAAACUGGGAGCCCAUGUCCACGACAACGUAGCCAAAUUGCUUUUCAACCUUCUCCUGCAAGCCGAUAACAAAUCUUUUACCAAGGCUGCCUUGAAUAACAGUGCACCUUCCAUCUCCUUCGAAAUCCACCCUAAGCACAUCAUUGUCGAUUGCAACGAAGAUGGUCUUACCAAGUCAGACCUGGAGUCUAUGUGUAAAACGACCACAGACAAGGAAGAGACCACCACCGCCGCCAUCUUCAAGUCGAUCGUUGCUGCAGCCGAAAGAGUUCACAUUCAAUCUGGGAACUUUUCGUUGGAGUUUAGGCACAAUCUCGUCGAUUCCAAGGACGCUGGCCUAAAACCUGUCUGGGCUCCAGCUGCCAAGGAGAUCCCUAGUCUCAUGACUCGUAUGACAAUUUACCUUCACGAUCAUGGUGAUAAAUCAGAUGUGUUUCGUAUGAAGCAUUUUCUCACGGGUCAGUUCAUGGACCUGAGAGGGACUUGUCUCCUCUUUCUUCGAAAACUUGAGCAAGUCACAGUGCGGCGGUACAUAGAGCACGGAACGUCGGACCCCUACUCCACAGAUAGAUUCUACAAGAAAGCUAUAGGACCUUCUCGUGUCUCCCUGGAAUGGUUUUCUGGCGACAAGGUGGAAAAGAACAUGGAAUGUCUCUAUUUCUAUAUCGAGCGAAAUUCGGAUGUUACCUUGGCGUUUCCACUUAGACAAGAUGGCACACCUCGGGAUUCCGAUGGAAAGAUCUUUAACAUUCUUCCAAUUCAGGCGUCCAACUACAACUUCCACAUUCAUAGCAGAUUCGAACUGGAUGGAAAACAGCACGCCAUUGAUCCCGAAUCACAUAGAAACCUGCUGCAUCGUGAUGAGGUCGAGAAUACACUGAUUCAAGCGAUUCAGACAUUCUGCGUCGAUCCCAAACUCCGUUACCACUGGCCACUUUUCCUUCCAACCCAAGCCGGCGGGACCACAUUCUGGAAAGGCCUAGAUGCCAACAUUCAUACAUGGAUUCAACGAAACCCUAUCAUGCUAUCAAGGAACCUAAAGCAGUUACGCCUUAUCCAUCAUGUGAUGAUCCUCACCGGUGGUGCGGCAGAUCACAACCACAACCCGCUGUUAGAUGAUCCAACCACCGACCAAUUCCUCUCGGGAAGAUAUUCACAACAGGCGAUCGACCGCAUGAAGUGCGUCGACACGAGGAUGCGUCAAAAGACUGCAAGCGUUGAGUGGCACAAAGAUGUAGCAAGUGUUCUAUCCUUAAUGCCUGAAAGCUUGCCAUGCUUCCAUAGGAUGAAGAAACUUCCUCUACUACCUUUGAGAGACGGUACAUGGGGCACCAUCGAUUCCGGACCUGUCUUCUUUCCCUGCACAGGCCAUGUAGAUAUCCCCGAAAUCGCAAACCUCAGGGUCAUUUGCUCUUCUGCAUGCCGCAUCCCAGAACGGUACAAAUUGUUCGAACUUUUAGGGGUCACCAGGGCUGCCGUUCCGGAAGUGACCAAGUUGAUUCUCGAGCGUCUAGAGGCUUCCGAUAAUCUAUCGCUGUCAGAGGUCAAAGGCUGUCUGCACUUCCUCUACCUUACGCGGAAGACCUCUAACCGCAACGAUAAAUCACAGACGAAAAGAAUAAAAGUUCUUACGGCGGAUAUGAAGCUAAGAAGUGCUCAUGACAAAGUUGUUUACCUUCCAGGCACAGAUCAUGCUUAUAGUCCCGAAAGCCUAUUAGGUCCUCGCGACGAGGGUCGCGCACUUUCUGUUUCAUUCUUGCACCCUGAUAUUCUCGCCGAUGCGCCUGGUGAGUCUGGAAAACCUUCAUUAGAUUGGAAAGCAUGGCUUUGCGACUUUUGCGGAGUACGUGAGCGAAUAACUCUCUUGUCACCAUUUGAACAAGAUCUAUCAGAUCAUUUUCUAUAUGUCCACAACCAGUCUCUAGGAAAAUUCGUUGGCUUAUUCGAGCAUCUGUUCACGCAUGAAGCAGAAAGGCUGGAGAGGUCCCCCGAUCUCAUAUCCAAGAUCAAUGAUCUCGCAGCUGGUCAGCUGUGCCGAGGGGGUUUCCCACUUACAUUCCGAGACACGUGGUUUCCUAAUCCUCACUCGGAAAUGUAUGUCGACCAAUACAUGGAAUAUCCAGAAAGUUUUCCAUUUCUCAAAUUCGAAGAACAUGCUUCGGUGUUCAAAGUCUAUGGUAAAUACAAAUCUUUGGCUAGGCAGUUCGCAAUUGGAAAGGGUCUAGGCGUGGACUUUGAUCUCGAGAUACUGAGAUACAUUAACAAAGCUUCCCCCGGGCCAUUAUCAGUUCGCCAAUCAUCAAAAGUGAUUGAUUUAUACCUAUCGAUCUUUGUAAAGUACCUUGGUUUCUUUUCCAACGCGGAAGUAGCUGCAAAGAUUAGGCAAGUACUAAUGUUUUUCGAAGGCUGUGGCAUUCUCGUUCCCGAUGCGGUGACGCCUACAUGGGCUUCCCUAUCCUCCUGCGUAUGGAAUGGACCACCUGGAAUGAUAAAGGUGCAUUCUCUCAAAAGACAAUACAUGAGCAGAAUCACAGACACUGAGAAGAGGAAGAAUAUCGAGAAGUUCCUCCAUGUGUCUCUGGGCAUACAGAACACCACAGUGGACGCCUUGAUGUCUGAGCUUAUAGAGCUACGGAGACUACAGUACAAGGACCCUCGUCGGAUUCUAGGCAUAUACCAAUACUGGAACGCUGAGUUGGAUGUAAAUCCUGAAACAAGAGCCCUGUUCGAAGAAACUCCACUUAUCUUUGCAAAAAGUCAGAGUAGCAUGGGCUGGUACAAGAUCCGUGAUUGCGUUUGGCCAAGCAAUACAUCGCUUGGUGGCAAAGCCACUCUCUCGGAUCUCUAUGUUGAUCUGAAAGAAUUCUUUGUUAACAAACUAGGCGUCGAAGAUUCGGAGCCAAUUACACCCUAUGCUGAACUGAAACAUCCGAGUCGGCGCAGUGUGAAAGAUAUCAAAGCUACCAUCAUGCAGCUUAGCAGCCUUCUCCGUACUACCACGGUGUUUCUAAACCCAGAGCCCAUCAGGAAGUCAAAGAUAUUCCCAGUAAAGGGUCUCAAUGGUGCCGUUUCGCUGUAUUCUGUUGAUGCAAACUUUUUCAUCAAGGAUACUUUACUUUACGAAGAUUGGCUCUGUCAUCUGAGCGUUUUGGACUUCGAUAUUCAAGAAUUUCAGCGUUUGAAGCCUUUCUUCAGCUGGCUAGGUACCGAAGAUCGUUACCUAUCCAGGUGUGUUGAAGAACAAACGUCACUUCCUAACCAUGUGGGAUCUCCCAUAUUGUCAGGUCCCCGAUACUUCGGGCGCAAGUCUUAUCACAUCUUGAGAAUCGGAGCAGCAUUCGGUAGUCCUCGCUUCUUAAAGGAUAAGCCGGGGUUUUGCAAGCAAUUAAGCAAUUUGCAGAUCAUUGAGAUUGAGGGAAUUACUUCUGUAGAAAGGAUUACCCAGAACGGUCAAGAGUUACAAACGCCUACUCGGGAAGCUUACUGUCAUUUUGUCGAGUCUCCUCAAAGACUUGUCAUCUACGUCCCUAAGGAGACAAAGGCUCGGGAGAUCUGCUUUCGCACAUUCUUACCAAGGAAGCUUGCAGGGUGGCUCAUGCAUCCAGAUGGUCAAAGGAAGGGUGACGUUGAUUUCGAGAUGGUCAACGCACUUACUUCUAUCCUUGCCGGUGACGGGACUUUGAUCGAUGAUAUAUUGUCCAGUCUUAGCAUUCCAAAAGUCACACACAGUUUGCCUGGUUGGGCUCUCGACGAGGAAGAGACAUACGGCGAUGAGGAGGAGGAGGAGGAGGAGGAGGAGGAGUAUGACUCCGAGUAUGAGGAUUAUAAAAGGGAGGGUGAAUCUGACGAAGGUGUUGAGAUGUGCGAUGACGUUUCCGAAGAAGUUGCUAUCCCUCAGAGUUCUCCAAAAACCCAUGAGACUUCACCGGAAGUUAUACCAUCUACACCCCAAGCCCCAGCCGAAACUGGACCUUCGCAGCCAGAAGUCGAAUUGGUAUUGCGACAGGCUAUCUUGCCUAAACAGGCUCAUACAGGUGAUGGAGACAUAUCAGAUCCAAGCCAGAUCAUUCAUUUGUCGGAACCGGACAGCGCUCCUACUCCUCAAGUUACUGCAAGUUGA